CAGCGCGAGGAGGACAACAAUGCAUCUGCCGUUAUUUUCGGGGGUCAGUAACGGAGGAAGAGAACGGAUGCAUGCUGUUCAGACUGGGACACGGGACUACUACUCCCUCGUGCACAGAUAGAAGAGUCAAACCUGGAGUUUAUCGUUCCGUAUCUGAACUGGAGUUUACCUUUCCAUAUCUGAACUGGAGUUUACCGUUCCUGAUCUAUGGAUUACGUCUGAGACGCUGCUUCUUCCUGUGAGGCAGAGGGGUGUGGUGGGAAUCAACAGACUAGAGGAGAAUGUGUAUGUGAGAGAGCAGCAUGCAGUCGGCUCCAGCAGGUUUGUGGGACCCCCAUGGACCCCAGUCUAAAGAUGUCUCCUCUCUCCCCGUACAUACACCCUCCGCUUCUCGCCUCUCCAAUGUGAUCGCCGCACCACCGGCUAAGAGAAUCACCUUCUACAAGAGCGGCGACGCUAAGUUUGCGGGAGUGAGGAUGGCUGUCCACAAACGCAGCUUCAAAUGCUUCGACGCACUACUGGACGACCUGUCACAGAAGGUGCCCCUGGCGUUUGGAGUACGUACGGUCACCACCCCCAGAGGAAUCCACAGUAUUAAACAUAUAGAGCAGCUGGAGGAUGGGGGGUGUUACCUCUGCUCUGACAGACGGCAGGCUAAACCAAUCAACAUGGAGCUGGCUGGCAAACGUCCCGCCCUCUGGCACCACAACAGUCGCAGAGUGCCACAGCGACCAGCAGAAGACCGCCCUCCUCCCAGUGCUCCAAGCCAUACCUCGACACGGCAGCGACGCAUCCUAUUGGUCAGGAACAGCGACCCUGCAGUGAGGAGGAGUGUGAUUCUGAGCCGGCGCUCGGCCCGGAGCCUCCGAGUGUUUCUGGAGGACAUCUCGGAAACGAUGCAGUGUCACGUCAGGAAAUUAUACACUCUAGAGGGACGCAAGAUUGACAGUGCACAGAGCCUGAUGACGUGUCCAGGUGUGUUGGUGUGUGUGGGUCGGGAGCCCUUCAGACCUCUACUCCUGGACUAUGUAACCAAGCGCUCUGAGGAGAAACUCCCUGGACUGGGGAUGCGGUCACCUGGCAGUGGGGCCCGGUCUCCCGCUACCGGAGCCCGGUCACCUGGUAACGGUCAGGGAGCUCGGUCACGGUCUAGUGUCUGCAGCGAAGGACACGGCAGCAAGAAGAACGUAAACUUUGGUCUGGAGACUAAGAAAACCAUCCUCCAUCCUCUCUCAGACUCUUCCAAUCGCUCCGCCCGUUUCUCUCUGUCCUCUGACAAGUCCUAUCCUAAUGGCCUCAGCAGCUGUCCCCACUCCCACGGUGGCAAGGAGGCGGUGCUUAACGAUGACAUAGAGAAGCGGGUACUGGUGAACAAAGAUGGCAGCCUGUCUGUGGAGAUGAGGGUGCGGUUUCGUCUCCAUAACGACAAGAUGCUCCAGUGGUCCACGGAGAUUAAGAAGUCUCCCUCUGACUCUCUGACCAAUGACUGCUGUCCGCUCAGGGAAGCCCAGCCCUGCUACUUACAGCAAGGCCAAUUAGAAAGCUGCUCAAACUCUGACUCCUCCUCCUGUGUUGUUGAAGCUGCAGACUACACCCCCAAGCCUCCACAGUCACACUAUGCCUGCUGCUUCCAGAGACAGGACCCGGAGUAUGACCUUUGGGAGAACCCCACCCACAUCCAGACUUCUAAGCACUCCCACUCCAGGGUUAGACACACCCACUCCUCAAGCUCCUCCUCCUCCUGCCGCUCCAGCAAGUUGGUGAGGAGGCGGGCGACCCACAGGGAGUGCUCAGAGCCCGGAAGGGUUGUCCAGGAGUGCUGCGUCAGGGAGGAGGUACAGCGUCGGCUGGAGGUGGAGAGGGAUGGAGGGAUGGUAGAGGUGUGUACAGUCAGCAGCAGCUGCAGCCGCAGCGAGCUUAACCUGAGUGCCACAGACAACCAGGGGGAGGAGCGUCCUCUGUCUAGCUCCUCCCAUGUGCUCCAAGCACUUCAGGACGAUGUGGAUGACCUCCCUCCCAGUGUCUCACGCUGCUGCCAUAGCAACGACCCCCCACAAGCCCUCCCCUUCACCCCACAACCUCCCAGCCCUAUGUCUACUUCCUCCAGGAGCAGAAAACACACCCCUGCCCCUACCCUACAGGGAGAGGAGGUGGGGGAGAGGGAAGAGAAAAGGUGUGACGUGGGUGAGGAGAGAGGGAGCAGAACCUUCUCCCGGCAUUCUAGUAACUCGUGCUCCUGCUGCAGAGGAGAAGUCACCCCUAAGGUCGACAAGGAGAGAGUGGACAACUCGUGGUCGAAGGCCAGCCAAGCUUCCCACGGAUCCAGAUCUCCCUCCAACAGAAUCAGGACCCCUGUGGCUCCAGAGGAGGGAGAUGAUGAAGCUGAGCAGGGGGGGAAGAGGGCAGUCAGCGUUAUGUCCACUCACACCGGCCUCUCCGGUGGCUCGGGGGGGUCCAUUGGGUCCGUGGGGUCUAUGGGGUCCAGUGUAUGUUCUCACUGUGGGGGGUGUGACCAAGGGUACGACCCUGUAUCCUGCCCCUCACAGAAGUCACAUAGGUCAAAGCGAUCUCAAGAAGAAGAGGAAGAGGAGAGGUCAGGGAGCGCACUCUCAGGUGGCUCAGAUGAGUGUGGAUUUUCUCAGAGGACCAACAGGUCCAACUGUACCCACUACUACCAAGAGGGCCGAGCAGCCAGCAAGAUGUCACACAUGUCUCUGCCCGAGGAGGGAGAAGAUACAGGGACGGAGGGAGAGGAUACAGGGAAGGAGGGAGAGAUGGAGGUUGGAGAGAAAAGAGAGGAGGGGGAGAAAGAGGAGAGAGCAGCCAGUGUCCUCUCAGCCAAAUCCUUCUCUUCAGUCAAGGGCAGGACCUCUAGAACCGUCUAAAGCCUCAGAAUCCCUUUCAGACAUGGAGGAAGAGAUGGAGGAACAGAUGGAGGGAGAGGGAGAAGUGAAAGACGGAGAGGUAGAAGAUGGAGGAGAGCAGAGAGCAGCAAGCAUUAUGUCGGCUAAAUCUAAUCUCUCAGGCAAGUCCAGCAGGUCUCAUAAGUCUACCUGUAGCAAAGCAGAUGGGUCCACCAAAGCUUCAGAGAGGGCAUCAUCUCCCAGAUCAGAACCAGACGUUGCUGAGGAUACAGGAGCAGCAGAGACAGAGGAGAGAGGAGCCA